AUGAGCGGCGGUCACUACGAAGCUCCUCGCAUUCCCACGCGUCAAGAGAUGGCUGACGCGAAGGUGCCGCUGCACUAUCGCGAUACGUGUGCAGGCUUGCUGAUACCUCUGAAUGAGUGCCGACGGGGAGACGUUCUUUCUCCCGUGGAAGUGCCAAGACCUGCGCCAUGCCUACGAGAAGUGCCAGUACGAGGAGUGGAAGACUCGCGUGGAACUUCUCAAGAACCAGCACUAGAUCUUGUUUGGUUUUUGGGAGAAGAGCGGACCACGGGCGUUGUGGAUAGGUGGGUGAAUGCAGGUGCUGCGAGAAGGUUUGCACCGAAAACCGCCAGUGAAUAA